AGUCGGAUUUCAUUUUCAGCUGACAAUUUCAACAACCAUUGCAAUAUUGCAUAGUGCCUUCACCUCCGGCUUUCACAGUACUAACACUCCCUAGUCCCAAGUCCCAAAUCCCAAAUCGAAGCUGCUCUCUGCCUCUCCGGCCUCCGCCAGUCCGCCGCACUCUACGUCUCCUAUCGGCUGUCUCCAUCUCAAUCCUCAUUCGACCUCAUUUCUCACUUCAUCAGUUCAUCACUGCCGUGCUGGUUUAUCGCUGCCGAGUGUCGAAGACGAAGCACCAAUCACUGCUCAUCUCUGGCUCGCUUAGGGGCUUAUGUGUAUGCUGGUGGUAUUGAAUGGCGAUUGAGAAGAAUAACUUUAAGGUUUCGAGAUUUGAUUCAGAGUUUUCGCAGCUGAAUUAACCCCAAAAAGUAUCAAAAUAGUCAAAUUCCAAUGAAGACUGUCACAGGCCAAGUGGUAUCAACAAAGCCAGUCUCUCUAUCUUCAGCAGCCAAAAACCUCUCCGCCUUUGCCUCCCUGGAAGAGGAGAACGGAGCUUCCGAUGCCGUCCGCGUGUAUCUGAAACGCGCUUCUGAUGCCUUCAACAACUUGGUUCAAUUCCACAAGGAGCUAAAAGCGCCCCAUUCGAAUCGCAAACGUAAGGCAUCUCAACCUCUUGUUGUUGAUACAAAGAUUGAAACUUUAGCCACCGUUGACAAAAACCCAGAUGAAGAAAAGAUCAAGAAUGUGAAAAGUAAGGGCAAGCGGAAGAAAAAUCGCGAAUUAGAGGUAAAUGAUGAAGAACCGUUAAAGAUUGAGAAGGAUAAAGGAAGGAUUGAUGAAGUUAACGCCGUGAAAAGGUCGGAAAAGAAGGAAAAACAUAAGAAAAAUCGCGAAUUUGAGCCUAGCACUGAAGGCUUGUUGAAGAUUGGCCAAGAAGCAGAUAGGCUUGACAAAGUUAAGGUACAGAGAAGUUCGGACAAGAACAGAAAAGAUAAGAGAGCUGGCCAAUCGGAGUUAAGGAAUGAGGAGAGAGAACAAAUUGAGCACAGCCCUGAUGGGGUUGGGGAGGAAAGGAAAAAGAAGAAACAUGACAAGAUUGUGAGAGGUGAAGAUACAGAGGAAAGAGAUGAGGGUAGGAAUAAGGCUAAGCAAGAGAUUGUGGAAGUUGAAAGGAACAUUAUUGAUGGAGUUGAAGGUGAAAGUGUGAAGAGGAAGGAUAAGAAGAAGAAAAAGAAGGAUGAGGGUGAGGAGGAUGGAGAAAAUGUUGGCAAAAAAGGAAAGAAAAAUAGCCAAUCGGAGGUGAGGAGUGAGCAGAGAGAACAGAUUGAGCGAAGCCCUGACAGUGGGGUUGGGGAGGAAAGGAAAAAGAAGAAACAGGAGAAGAUUGGGAGAGGUGAAGAUAGAGAGGAAAUAGAUAAGGUUAAGAAUAAUACUAAGCAAGAGAUUGUGGAAAUUGAAAGAGACAUGGAUGGAGUUGAAGGUGUCAAGAGAGAGAUACGGGAGAAACUUGAGGUUAUAAAAAUGUAUAAUUCAGUUGAGAAAAUGCUAGAUGAGGAAUUUCUACUAGUAGAUAAGAAUUUCGCGCUUAAACGCGAUUCAAAUUCGAAUUUGUCACCAUUAAUGGCAUGCCCAAAAAGUCUUCAAACCUAUACCUCUAGCUUACCUUCAUUUUCAACCCAUCUUAUCACCAACUACCAGCCGUUUCUCUUCUCUUCAAGCUCGUUCCUCUGGUGCAAGAAGAAGCAGAGACCGCUGCCAUUCCAAGCUUCUAACAGCCUUCCAUCCUCAGCCAUUCACACCCCAAUCUUCAAGCUUCCAUUUCCGGCUUCCACCUCCAUUCUUGGCUGCUGUCUCGACCAAGCAAGGAGGAGGAAGAUCGCUGCUGCUGCUGCCGGCGUUGCGUCGGACCAGGGGAGAAGGAGAAACCAGCUGCCAUUUUUCUUUCCUCCAACCACAGAACCUUCCAAGCUGACUCAAAAACCCCAGUCCCAAGCUUCUUUUCACCUUAACGUUUGCUGCUGGGUUGCUGCUGUGGGUGGUUAG